GAUCACCUUGAGUUACGGUUAAGCCUUUGCACGGGUUCUGCCACUGCCCUUUUACUGAUUCGUCUCUCUGUGAAGUUUUGACAGACAUGACAAGUAGCCGCAUCGAUGACCCCCCUGUAUGAUGUUGCAACCAUAAACGGUGAAUUUUUGCAAUGCGACCGUUAUCCUUUGGUAAGUUGAAAGAAACUGCGUUGUGUCGGACGCCCGUCUGCUGAUUAUUUGGAAACAUUGGAUAAGGGGCACCAUUCUGUGGGUUCUACAAUGUAUCUGUAAAACAGCUUGCUAUGAAUGGUGUUUUGUGGCACCGGCUACAAUAAGAGAAUGUGAAGUAAAGUGUUAACAUGCGGUGGUGGGGGAUGGGGGGGGGGGGUCUUGCAAAUCAUUUGUGUUGGUGCGCAUCACAUUUGCAAGUGGAUGUGACGUGGCUGACGGGGUGAAUAAAUGUAUUUACUUGUGACCUCGUGUCCUUUUACAUCACCUAACUUCAGCUGCCACUGCUGUUUUCCAGCCAAGUUUGAUAUUUUGUUAGAAUGAAAGAAAGAAAAAAAAAAGAAAUAGUGGACAGCAACUACUGUUUUGACCUCCGUUGAUUAACAACGUCGUUUUCUUUGGCCGAGAUUGUUUUCGCCCGGGCUCAAUAGAGUUUUCACAGCCGGUGGAGAUUUCUGUUUGCAUCCUGAUUUGUGAAUCCCUCAUCCUUUGCAGACACUCAUGCCAAUUCUAAUCAUGCAUUCCAAAGUGCAUGGAAAUGUCCACGGAGGCGGGGGACUUGCCAAUAGAAGCGUCGCGUUACCUAUUAAAUUAUAAAAGUGCCAUCUUGACAGGGCUUGGAAACGAUGGCAGCGAAAAGCACGAGGCGUGUUCUUGUCUCUCUGUGCGUGAUGGGGUACGUUUGGCACACGCGGUCUCAGUGUGACUCCCAGUUCAACCUGAACGGAGAUUAUUUGCUCGGCGGACUCUUUGACAUUCACGCGAGUAGCUCAGUCAGCCACGAGAGGCCGGAAGCCAUUCGCUGCUCCAGUCAAGAGUUCAGUCUGUCAAGUUAUCGACGGUUCCAGCUGAUGAGAUUUUCCGUGGAGCAGAUCAAUAACUCGAGCCGACUCCUGCCCAACGUUUCCCUGGGCUACAAGAUAUUUGACCAUUGCUCCAUUUCGAAGAAUUUCCCCAGUAUUUUUGACCUGAUUUCAGCCAAUGGCUUGAUCCGCCCCUGGAGUGAAGACCACCUGCAUCUGUCGGCGGCCUCCAACGUCGUCGGCGUGGUGGGUCCUUUUACCAGCACCGACACUCUGACGGUGGCGCCACUCUUCAUGAUGGAUCUCAUUCCGCUGGUCAGCUACGGCGCCGCCAGCUCGGACUUCUCGGAAAAAGCGAAAUAUUCCUCGUUCCUGCGCACCGUGCAUUCCAACAAAGACAGCGUCAAAGUGAUCGUGGCCAUCUUGCAGCACUUCCGCUGGGAGUGGGUGGCCUUCCUCAACAGCAACGACGCUUACGGCAACGACGGCCUGGCGCUCUUCAGGAAGAUCAUUCACCAUACGGACAUUUGUCUGGCCUUCGCCACGUAUCUUCAACCAAAGUCAAAUUACUCCGAAAUGUUCCAGCACAUCGAAUCGCUUAGGAUCAAAACCAUUGUGGUUUUUGCGCCCAAACUGCUAGCCGAGGCGCUCGUCGAGUCAGCGACGCUGCUGGGCGUCACGGGCAAGGUGUGGCUCGCGGUUGACACCUGGUCCCUAAGCGAGAAGCUCCCCAAGAUUAAAGGCAUCGAAAAAAUCGGGACGGUGCUGGGAGUGUCUCAGCCCGUGUUGACGAUACCCGGCUUCACGGAAUUCCUCCUCGCUACCCAAAGUAAAGAUCCUUGUCCCGAUGCGGAGGAGCUUCCGUUUUGCAAUCAGAUUUGCAACUGCUCGACUCUGAGUACGCGGGAUAUCCUCUCGAUGGACCCGUCCUACUCUUUUUCAGUUUAUUCGGCCGUGUACGCCAUUGCGCACGCCUUACACAACGUCUUGCGAUGUGAGGAGCGCACGUGUCAGGGGAAUAUUUCAGUUUUCCCCCACAAGGUUCUGGUGGAGCUGAAGAAGUCAAACUUCACGCUGCUGAACCAGCGCGUUCAAUUUGAUGACAACGGAGACCCCAAUUUCGGCUCUUAUUCCAUCGUUUUCUGGAACAAGAGCGGCGAUAUAGAGGAGAUUGGAUUCUAUGAAUUUCGGUCCGCAGUCAGCUUUGUCAUCGACGAGACCAAAAUUCGCUGGCAUGGCAACUGGAAGGUGCCAACGUCACAGUGCUCUCACAAAUGUCCUGUUGGAUUUGCAAAGAAGCAAGAAGGAAUUCACAAGUGCUGCUUCACCUGUGAGGAAUGUCCAAAUGGAACCUAUAUCAACAUCACCGAGGACGCGUACACGUGCGUGGACUGUAAGGAGACGGAGUGGUCGUCCGAAGCCAGCACAUCUUGCACCCUGCGAAAAGUGGAGUACGUCUCAUUCAAGGACCUCGCCGCCGUGUUAAUCAUUACGGCAACCUUGCUCUUGCUGGGCCUGGCGCUCAGCAUGUGCGCCGUCUUUGCCCUCAACUACAACACGCCGGUGGUCAGGUCCGCCGGCGGCCACAUGUGCUUCCUCAUUUUGGGCUGCCUCAGUCUGAGCAGCCUGAGUAUCAUCUUUUUUUUUGGCAAGCCCUCCGUUUUCUCCUGUGUCUUGAGCUUUGUGCCCUUUUGCUUGCUUUUCUCGACGUGCCUGGCCUGUUUCGUGGUGCGCUCCUUCCAGAUUGUAUGCAUUUUCAAAAUGGCCGCCAAGUUCCCCCAACUACACGGCUGGUGGAUAAAAUAUCACGGUCAGUGGCUGGUUGUCGCCGGGACGUUUGUCACGCAGUGCGUCGUGACUUCGAUAAGCUUUUGGAUCGCUACCCCCAAGCCGUCCAAUGAGACAACAUGGUCUCCUGACAAAGUCAUUCUGGGCUGUGAAAUCAGUGCCCAGGCGACCGUGGGUCCGACAGUUUUGCUCGUGUGUUUGAGCACCCUCUGCUUCAUUUUCUCCUAUAUGGGGAAGGACCUCCCCAAAAAUUACAACGAGGCCAAAGCCAUCACCUUCUGCUUGCUCCUGCUGAUCCUCACCUGGAUCAUCUUUGUGACCAUUUGUUUGCUUUACAGGGGCAAGUUUGUCCAAAGCCUGAAUGCUAUGGCGGUGCUCUCCAGCCUCUACUCUUUCCUCUUGUGGUAUUUCCUCCCAAAAUGUUACAUCAUUAUAUUUCAACCCCACAAAAACACACCGCAGUACUUCCAAGGCCUAAUCCAGAAUUACACCAAAACAAUUAGCCAGUAGUGGCCUGCAGUGAUUGACACUCUAACUAAAAAUAAAAAUAAAACUAAUUCUUCAUUUGAAACGACUACAAUAGGUCCAUUUUGCACGUUCCCCCCCCCCCCCUAGUUUUUU